AUGGAUAUUUCCAAGCCUAUUGCGUUCUGUGAACACGUCCAGCUUACUGCGUUGGGUGUACAACCUGCCUCCAUCGGCUUCCAGACCCUGUCGCUCGAGUCCGACCACUUCAUUUGUGUCCGCGAGAAAGUCGGCGAACAGAACCAGGUCGUGAUUAUUGAUUUGUUCGACGCCAAUAAUGUGCUACGUAGACCCAUCACGGCCGACUCGGCCAUAAUGCACCCGCAACAGAAGAUUCUUGCACUCAAGGCGGGUCGGACAUUACAGAUAUUCAAUCUCGAGACGAAGCAGAAGGUCAAGUCGCACGUGAACAACGAAGACGUCGUAUUCUGGAAGUGGAUCUCCGACACGACCAUUGGGCUGGUGACAGAGACGUCUGUGUACCACUGGACCAUGGCAGAUACUACAUCUCCCCCGCAGAAGAUCUUCGACCGGCACCCUACGCUCGUCGGUGCACAGAUCAUCAACUACCGCGCGUCCGGGGACGAGAAAUGGCUCGUGUUAGUCGGCAUCUCCGGAAAUACGACGAACCCGUCUGCGUUCAAGGUGAAGGGCUCCAUCCAGCUUUACAGCCGCGAGCGCAAUGUCAGUCAGCCAAUCGAAGGGCACGCAGCGUCAUUCGCGGAGAUCAAGCUCGAAGGGCACCAGAAGCCGACGAAGUUGUUCACCUUCUCAGUGCGCACUGCGACGGGCGCGAAGCUGCAUAUUGUCGAGAUCGACCACCAGGCGCCGGAUCCGCCGUUCACGAAGAAGGCGGUGGACGUGUAUUUCCCUCCUGAGGCGACGAACGACUUCCCAGUCGCGAUGCAAGUGUCGAAGCAACACGGCAUCGUUUACCUCGUCACGAAGUACGGCUUCAUCCACUUGUACGACCUGGACACGGGCGCGUGCAUCUACAUGAACCGCAUCUCAGGCGAGACGAUCUUCGUCACAGCAGAGCAUGAGGCGACGAACGGUAUCAUUGGCGUGAACAAGAAGGGACAAGUGCUCAGCGUCAACGUCGAUGAACAGACCAUCAUUCCGUACAUUUUGACAACGCUAAACAACACGGAGCUCGCGUUCAAGCUUGCGAGCCGAGGAAACUUGCCGGGUGCAGACGAUCUCUACAUUAAGCAGUACCAGCAGCUGUUCCAGAGCGGGCAGUUUGGGGAGGCAGCGAAAGUCGCUGCGAACUCGCCAAGAGGUAUUCUUCGAACUGCACAAGUUAUAGAGUCUUUUAAGCAAGCCCCUGCCCCUCCUGGUGGAUUGUCACCUAUCUUGCAGUACUUCGGUAUCCUGCUGGAGAAAGGCGAGCUCAACCACCUGGAAUCCGUUGAAUUGGCGCGUCCGGUUCUGCAACAGGGUAGGAAGCAGCUGCUUGAGAAGUGGCUGAAGGAGAACAAGCUGACGUGCAGCGAGGAAUUGGGAGACAUCGUUCGGUUGUACGACAUGACGCUUGCGCUGAGUGUCUACCUAAGGGCGAACGUACCAAGCAAAGUCAUUGCGUGCUUCGCGGAGACCGGCCAAACAGACAAGAUCCUGCUCUACGCGAAGAAGGUCAGCUACCAGCCAGAUUAUGUUGGAUUGUUGCAGCACGUCAUGCGUUCGAACCCCGAGAAGGGUGCGGAGUUCGCCAUGCAACUUGCCAACGACGAGAGUGGCCCCCUCGUGGAUGUCGAGCGAGUGGUGGAUAUCUUCAUGUCGCAGAACAUGAUCCAGCAAGCAACGUCGUUCCUUCUGGACGCUCUGAAAGACAACAAACCCGAGCAAGCGCACCUUCAGACUCGUCUCCUCGAGAUGAACCUUGUCCACGCUCCUCAGGUCGCAGAUGCCAUCCUCGGGAACGAGAUGUUCACUCACUAUGACCGGCCAAGAAUUGCGAAUCUGUGUGAAAAGGCAGGCCUAUUGCAGCGGGCGCUGGAGCACUACGAGGAUCUCGCGGACAUCAAGCGCGUUAUCGUCCAUGCGAGCGUGUUCCCGACGGAUUGGCUUGUGAACUACUUCAGCAGACUUACAACCGAACAGUCAAUGGCAUGCAUGGAAGAAAUGCUUCGCGUAAACAUUCGCCAGAAUUUGCAGGUCGUCAUCCAGAUUGCGACGAAGUACUCAGACAUCUUGGGUCCUGUGAAGCUCAUCGAGAUGUUCGAGUCGUUCAAGACCUUUGAAGGUCUCUACUACUACCUGGGCUCAAUCGUCAACCUCAGCACCGACCCCGAGGUUCACUUCAAGUACAUCCAAGCUGCUACCCGUACCGGUCAGAUUCGCGAAGUCGAGCGCAUCUGUCGCGAGAGCAACUAUUACAAUCCCGAGAAGGUCAAGAACUUCCUCAAAGAGGCUAAGCUCGCAGACCAGUUGCCGCUCAUUAUCGUCUGCGACCGUUUCGAUUUCGUGCACGACCUCGUGCUUUAUCUAUACCAGAAUGGUCUCACGAACUUCAUUGAGGUGUACGUGCAGCGCGUCAACUCUGUCAGGACCCCUCAGGUCAUUGGAGGGCUAUUGGAUGUUGACUGUGACGAGACAACGAUUAAGUCACUCCUGGCAUCUGUCCCGGGCAACUUCCCGAUCGACGAACUUGUGCACGAGGUCGAAGUCCGUAACAGACUAAAGUUGAUCCUCCCCUGGUUGGAGGCUCGCGUACAGCAAGGUAGUCAGGACGCUGCGGUAUACAAUGCGUUGGCCAAAAUCUAUAUCGACUCAAACAGCAACCCGGAGGUAUUUCUCAAAGAGAACAACCUGUAUGAGCCUCUGGUGGUCGGAAAGUUUUGCGAGGCGCGGGAUCCUUACUUGGCAUACAUUGCUUAUGCAAAGGGCUUAUGUGACGAUGAACUCAUUGCUAUUACAAACGAGAACUCUAUGUUCAAGCAGCAGGCACGCUAUCUAGUGAAACGCCGACAGCCCGAGUUGUGGGCGCAAGUCCUGACACCAGACAACAUGCACCGACGCGCGCUCAUUGACCAGGUCAUUGCGACUGCUCUUCCGGAAUCCACUGACCCCGACGAUGUUUCGAUAACAGUCAAGGCGUUCCUGCAGGCUGACCUUCCUAUCGAACUUAUUGAACUGCUGGAGAAGCUCAUUCUGGAGCCUUCACCAUUCUCGGACAACAAGAACCUCCAGAAUCUGAUGAUGCUCACGGCGAUCCGUGCGGACAAGGGCAAGGUCGUCGGUUAUAUUGACAAGCUCAAGAACUACGACGUCGCGGAAAUCGCGAAGAUUGCCACAGAUCAUGGGUUGUACGAAGAGGCGUUCCUCAUUUACAAGAAGUACGAGCAGCACGCAAUGGCCAUAAAUGUUCUCGUCGAACAUAUUGUCUCUCUGGACCGUGGCGUGGAGUAUGCGAUCAAGGUCAACAGGCCUGACGUGUGGAGCAGGCUUGCGAAGGCCCAGCUCGACGGCCUGCGGAUCAAAGACGCCAUUGAUUCCUACAUCAAGGCGGAGGAUCCUUCCAACUAUGUGGAAGUCAUCGAAAUCGCCAGCCGUGCUGGUAAGCACGAUGAUCUUGUCCGCUAUCUGCAGAUGGCCCGUAAAUCACUCCGGGAGCCCAAGAUUGACACUGAGCUGGCGUACGCAUAUGCGAAGACGGACCGUCUGCACGAUAUGGAAGACUUCCUGGCCAUGACGAACGUUGCGGACAUUCUCGAGGUCGGAGAGAAGUGUUUCGAAGACGAGCUGUACCAGGCGGCAAAGCUCUUGUUCACCAGUAUCUCCAACUGGGCGCGCCUUGCUACCACCCUCAUCUACCUUGAGGAGAAUCAAGCGGCUGUCGAGAGCGCGCGGAAAGCUGGGAACACCCAGGUCUGGAAACAGGUGCACGCAGCAUGUCUGGAGAAACGAGAAUUUCGUCUUGCGCAAAUCUGUGGUCUCAACAUUGUCGUGCACGCGGAGGAGCUCGCUGCUCUUGUGCAAAUAUACGAGCGUCGCGGUCACUUCGACGAGAUCCUAUCACUAUUGGAAGCCGCAUUGAGCUUGGAGCGGGCACACAUGGGCAUCUUCACUGAGCUUGCCAUCCUAUAUAGCAAAUACAAGCCUGAGAAGCUCAUGGAACACUUGAAGCUCUUUGUGUCUCGCAUCAACAUUCCCAAGGUCAUCAAAGCGACUGAGAAAGCCCACCUCUGGCCCGAGCUUGUCUUCUUGUAUAUCAAGUAUGACGAGUUUGACAACGCAGCCCUGGCAAUGAUCGAGCGGUCUUCAGAUGCAUGGGAACACAACCAGUUCAAGGACGUGAUUGUUCGGGUGGCUAACAUCGAGAUCUACUACAAGGCGCUCACUUUCUACUUGCAAGAGCAGCCGAAUCUCCUCACCGAUCUGUUGACCGUCAUGAUUCCUCGAGUCGACCAUUCGCGUGUCGUCAGGAUGUUCCGCCAGAUCGACCAUGUCCCACUGAUCCGCUCGUAUCUCAUCGCCGUGCAGCAUCUCAACAUCGAAGCUGUCAACGAUGCCUACAAUGACCUGCUCAUUGAGGAGGAAGACUACAAGACUCUCCGUGAUUCGAUCGACAGCUUUGAUAACUUCAACAACGUCAAGCUCGCUCAACGGCUAGAACAACACGAGCUGCUCGAGUUCCGUCGCAUCGCUGCUCAUCUCUACAAAAAAAACUCUCGCUGGGAAGAGUCAAUAUCACUCUCGAAACGGGACAAGCUCUACAAGGAUGCUGUUGUCACUGCAGCAACCUCAGCCUCAACAGAGGUAGCAGAGGAACUUCUUUCAUAUUUCGUCGACAUUGGCAACAAGGAGUGCUUCGCGGCCACGCUUUACACGUGCUUCGACUUACUCCGAUCAGACGUGGUGGAAGAGACGUCAUGGCAGCAUGGCCUGAACGACUUCUACAUGCCAUAUAAGAUCCAGAUUUCACGAACAAUGGUAGAUAAGGUGUCUGCGUUGGAAAAGAGGGUCGAGGAGCUGUCCAAGAAGGAUUCGCAGAAAGAGCAGCAGGAGGCAGAGGCGCCGAUUAUUAACCCCGGCUUGAUUGGCAACCGCCUGAUGCUUACAGCAGGGAAUGGUUUCCCGUCCCAAGCGCCACCUCCAAUGAUGCCCAAUGGAACAGCAAUUGGCAUGCCUCCUGCAAUGACUGGCUUCGCGAGCUUCUAAUCUGUAGAUACCUUCCUUAUUGUAUUAUUUCGGACGUAUAGUUAUGCACAUGCUGUGUUUGUCGGUUAA